GCUGGCGGCGGCGGCACCAUGUACGGCUUCGUCAAUCACGCCCUGGAGCUGCUCGUCAUCCGCAACUACGGCCCCGCCGUCUGGGAGGACAUCAAGAAGGAGGCACAGCUGGAUGAAGAGGGACAGUUUCUGGUCAGAAUAAUUUACGAUGAUUCCAAAACCUAUGAUCUCGUUGCAGCUGCAAGCAAGGUCCUUAAUCUAAAUGCUGGGGAAAUUCUUCAAAUGUUUGGGAAGAUGUUUUUUGUGUUUUGUCAAGAAUCUGGUUAUGAUACAAUUCUACGUGUCUUGGGCUCAAAUGUCAGAGAGUUUUUGCAGAACCUGGAUGCUUUGCAUGACCACCUUGCUACUAUUUACCCGGGUAUGAGAGCCCCUUCCUUCAGAUGCACUGAUGCAGAAAAGGGAAAGGGACUCAUUCUGCAUUACUAUUCAGAAAGAGAAGGUCUGCAGGAUAUUGUCAUUGGAAUCAUCAAAACAGUAGCUCAACAGAUCCAUGGUACAGAAAUAGAUAUGAAGGUUAUUCAACAGAGAAAUGAGGAGUGUGACCACAUUCAAUUUUUAAUUGAAGAGAAAGAGUCUAAAGAAGAGGACUACUAUGAGGACCUCGACAGAUUUGAAGAAAAUGGUACCCAAGAGUCCCGCAUCAGUCCCUAUACUUUCUGCAAGGCGUUUCCUUUCCACAUCAUAUUUGACAGAGAUCUGGUGGUCACACAAUGUGGCAAUGCUAUAUACAGAGUCCUUCCACAGCUGCAGCCAGGAAAUUGCAGUCUGUUGUCAGUUUUCUCCUUGGUCCGGCCUCAUAUUGAUAUUAGCUUCCAUGGGAUCCUCUCCCAUAUCAAUACAGUCUUCGUACUGAGGACUAAGGAGGGGCUGUUGGAUGUGGAGAAAUUGGAGUGUGAAGAUGAAUUGACUGGCACAGAAAUCAGCUGCUUACGCCUGAAAGGGCAAAUGAUCUACUUGCCUGAAGCAGACAGCAUUCUCUUUCUUUGUUCACCAAGUGUAAUGAACUUGGAUGAUUUAACCAGAAGAGGUUUAUAUCUGAGUGAUAUUCCAUUGCAUGAUGCUACCCGUGAUCUGGUUCUUUUGGGAGAGCAAUUCCGAGAGGAAUAUAAACUGACCCAAGAGCUCGAGAUCCUCACUGACAGACUGCAGCACACACUGCGUGCACUGGAAGAUGAAAAGAAAAAGACAGACACGUUACUGUACUCUGUUCUGCCACCAUCAGUGGCAAAUGAGCUGAGACACAAGCGCCCUGUUCCAGCCAAGCGCUAUGACAACGUCACCAUUCUUUUCAGUGGCAUUGUGGGAUUCAAUACCUUUUGUAGUAAACAUGCCUCUGGAGAGGGAGCCAUGAAAAUUGUCAAUCUUUUAAAUGAUCUCUACACAAGAUUUGAUAUUUUGACUGAUUCACGAAGGAAUCCCUUUGUUUAUAAGGUGGAAACAGUUGGAGACAAGUAUAUGACAGUGAGUGGUCUACCGGAGCCUUGCAUGCAUCAUGCACGAUCUAUCUGCCACCUGGCUUUGGACAUGAUGGAAAUAGCAGGCCAAGUUCAAGUAGAUGGUGAGCCUGUACAGAUAACCAUAGGAAUCCAUACUGGUGAGGUAGUCACAGGUGUCAUAGGUCAAAGGAUGCCACGGUACUGUCUCUUUGGAAAUACUGUCAAUCUAACAAGCAGAACAGAAACUACUGGAGAAAAAGGAAAGAUCAAUGUUUCUGAAUAUACUUACAGGUGUCUUAUGACACCAGAAAAUUCAGAUCCUCAAUUCCACCUGGAGUACAGAGGUCCAGUUUCUAUGAAGGGCAAAAAAGAGCCAAUGCAAGUUUGGUUUUUGUCCAGAAAGAGUACAGAGACAGAGGCUGGUAGAAAAUGAUAGGGCUGAAGCAGCUCAUCAUGCCUCAAACUUGAUUCCUGGGUUGACAUCUCUAAUAUCAGUCCCCAUGAGCAGCAGUUACUUCUGAGAAAGACCUAAUUUACAAGAAUAAGUGUUGGCUUGGAGUGCUGCUCCUUCACCUUUUUUCUCUGAUAUCUCUUCCAUGAUACCAGUACAGCGAUAAAUAGAAUUGCAUCAGAAAUACACACAGAACAAAGCAACUGUGACCAGUUAUUAACUUUGCAUCUGCUUGUUUGCAUGUUAUAAGAUUAAUUCUUACUGUCUUCAUUAUUUUAACAGAGGUUCAGCUGAAAUUUCUCUCCCGAGAAACAGAUUUGUUGUAAAAAAAUAAAUCUUGCCAAGAUCCUCAGAUGUUCAACUUCAAUUUUACUCCCUCUCCAGUUUUUAAUAUCUUUCUCUUCUGCCCUGUUCCCACAUUACUGGUGGGAACAAAUUGAAACAUCUCAGGCAGAGCUGGUAGUUCACCAGGGCAUGUAGGAAUUGUUUCAUUCCUACAUAGAAUACAUAUAAAAUAAAUAAAUGCCCUUCCUAUGUUUUUUGGUUUUUUAAUUUUUGUUAUUUACUGACAGUUGUUGCAAGUUGUAAAAUGUAUUUUGUCACUGCAUUAACCCACUAUGUUGUUGCUUCAAAGAAAAUUCCUUACUUCUCAAAUUCUACUUGGCAUGCUCUCAAGGAGACAAAGCAAGAUGCUUUCUGAGCUGAGGGAAGAGGAAGAGGACGCUGAAUAGGGUGCAAUACUGUCUCCAAAUAGGGUACCAGACAGUAAGGUUAUGUUAUGGAUGUUCUUUCACAUUAUAUCUCCCAUUAACUUGUGCUAUAUCAUCAUCUUUUGCCCUACUCCUGAAGUCAUACUUACCAUUUUUCUCUGGGCUUGCUUGCUAACUUUUUGUCCUUAUUGUUUGUUACGUCUCUGCUGUGAGCAUGUAUUUCAAGCUUUCCUGUUUUUGAUAUGCAUUUUUGCAUGUCAGUCAUGUGACCAUUCCUACCACCAGACAAUAUGGAACGAAGCCAUGUAGUUUGCAGCCACAACUAACCACUUCAGUCUGAAGCUUCACAUCUUCAUCUUCAUCUCUGAAGUACUGUGGUUAUGUGAAUUGAUGACAUUUCUGGAAAGAUAGGUAUUUCAGUUGAUAGGCAGAACAAUGAACCUAAGGAACUAUGUUUAAAAAAAAUACCUAAAGCAGCAUUAUGAAAAUUAUGGCAUAAAUGGUAUCAGAUUUAGUUCUGCUAUGACUGUGCUUCUCAUUUAUUUUGUGAAUAACACUUGAUGCUCUGUAAAUUCCUGAUUAGAAGAAGGUUUCUCAUUCAAUAUUAUCUUGCAUUUUCCCUUUGUGGGCACUGUAAACAUCUUCUGUACUGGAAGGGAGCAACUGCUUUUCUGAUACUGCCAUUUGAAGCAUGUGCCAAUGUACUUCUACUGAAAUGCUGUUCACUUGCAAUGUAUUUCUCAUUGAUUUAUAUAAACUAAAUUGUCAUAUUAAUAAUAGAUUGCUGGACAAUAUUAGACAAUUCAUAGUGCAUUGACUCUCAUUUGAUGUAGCCCCUGGAAUUGGAAGGCAUGCUGCCUUUGGUUUGGUCUCUUAAUUUCAGAAAUGAUCUUAUUUUAUUCCUUGAGAGGACUUGGUAAUAUUCUAGGCAUCAUGACAUAAUUAAAGGAUGUAAAGCUUGGAAAGGGACAUAGUGUGUUCAUCAGCUGAUACAGUCAGUAAAAGUAGACAAGGUUUCAGACGCAUAGACCUUCCAUAACUUUAAUAUAUAGUGCAUUUAUAUGUGAAUAGUAUCUGUUCUUAUCUGACUGAUCAAUUCUGAAUAUUUGCAUUAUAAAAUAAAACAGUGCAAUUACUUUGUGUAUAAAAGUUGUCUAUAUCUAGUAUACCUUAGUAGCACAGAAUAUAUAUGUAUAAAUGUUUCAUGUUAAUGUGCAAAAGAAAUGGCAAUAAAUUAUUUUUUCCACUGA